AUGAAGCUGGCAAUCACCACAGGAACCUACGGGUUUCCGCAGCUAAUAGACAGGGUGCUGGCGCUUUUGGGCACGCUCAGCGAAAAGUACACGGAAAUACACAUACAGUACGGACAGCACGAGCCAGAGUCGCUCAAGCGCUUUUCUUCGCAGGGCGGCGUGCCAGUUUCUGUAGUAAAAGUGUCCUACUACAGGUCCUUGAGCGAGUUUGUGCAAAAUGCGGAUCUGGUUAUAACCCAUGCAGGGACGGGCACAGUACUCUCCCUGCUUAAAGAAGCCACGCCUUUUAUCGUGGUUCCAAACGAAACUCUCUUGCACAACCACCAGAAAGAGUAUGCAGAGUCUAUGCGCAAAAAACUGCACAUUUCCUCUCUGGAUAGAGUCGUGCAGGAUGCCAUGAAGAUACAGCACUCGCUGCACACUCUCACGGUUUCGUCUUCUCUGUGGGGCCAGCACUUUCUUCCCCAUCUGAAAUAG